CGAUGAUUAUUUUUGGAAGAAAUUUAUUUGUAAAAAAUCCUAUUAAAAGUAUCCAUUUUGACAACCCUAUAAUCAUUUUUAAUUAUUCAUUUUGCAUUUUACUGUUUUUAAUCCUCGAAAGACUUUCUUCAAAUUCUCGCCAUUUUUUAUAAUUUUACAUUUAUCUCUUAUUUUUGCAUUUUCUUUAAUUCACUUUAAUGUCUCUUAUUUAUUAGAGCCCGAACAUUUUUUAUCAAGACAUUCAAGCCAAUCGCUUUUACAGGUUAUUCAUUUC